AUGUCUAAGGACAUAAGGUUGUACUUUAAAUCCAAGACAACAACACGGGAUGAUGACAGCGACGUUAUACCGGAAUCGCCGCAAAUGCAAGCCAAAAAUAAGUCGAAGAAAACGCGAAGGAAAAGGGCGUUGUCCGACGACUCAGACGAGUCCUCGCCGAAGAAGAUCCACAAGAAAGCACCAGAAAAUGAACCUAGCAAGAAGAAGACAAAGCCUAGUGGGAAAACCCUCAAAGAGGUGAAACCGUCCGAACUCUUCGGCGGUGGAUUGAUAAAGAGGAGCGAGCCGCUGGUAAAGAAACCGAAAGCUACGGAAACGGGAAUCCAUUCGGACAACGAGUUCGAGCUGAGCUUAAUCGAGCUUGAUCAGAUUGAGGAGAUUGAGUCUGCUGCAAGCACUUCGGAGAAAACUAGAAGCGAUAAAGGCACCAAUAAGACUAAAGCCAUAACAGAUGAAACCACCGAAAGCAGCAAAAAUAAAACGAAGUUUUCUGAAACGAAACCAGAUAAUAAAAUCAAUGAAACCGAAACAAGGGAAAUUUCCAGAACGAAGGAUUCAGAUAAAAGCAGAAAUAGGACAACAAAAGCAGCAGAGGAUGGGGUCGAAAUAGAGACAACAAAUUCUAGAAUAAAGGUGGAGCGCCAGUCGAAAGACAAUAUGAUUAACGCGAAGGAAAGGAACAGUAGCAAAAAGGAGAGCGGUUCUCGUAUCGAUAAACUUAAAAUCAACGGGAUCGCUAAGGAAGCUUCCAGAACGGACUUUAGUCAGUUCAUUGAAGAUGCCGAUGAUCAUAAACGGGAAGCGCCUAAAGGCAAAAAGCAGAAAUUGGAUACAAGUCUCAAUGAAUCAGUCCUCACUGAUGAAGAAAGGCAUGAGAGGAGAAUCCAUUCUGCAGCGUUGUACAAGAGUUACUUGAACAGAUCAGGUCCAAAACAUUUGGGAGAGAAAAAGAUACCCCAGGGUUCCCCCGACUGCUUGAAGGAUUGUGCUUUCGUCUUGACUGGUGUACUGGAUUCUUUCGAGAAAGAAGAUAUCGCCAAGGCCAUUGCUAAUUUUGGAGGUUGCGUGAAGAGCGCUGUUACCAAAAAGGUCACUCACGUGCUCGCCGGCGAGGACGCGGGACCGGCGAAACUGGCCAAAGCGCAAGAGCUCAACAUCAAGAUCAUAGACGAGGAUGAAUUCCUGCAAAUGGUCGUGGACCUAACCAACAAAAGGCCGAUGGGCGAAGUGAAGCCGGAACCCGAAUCGGCGAAGAAGAGACCGAAAAAGGAACACCCGAAAUCUCCCACAGAUAGUAAACAACCCAGAAGUCACAAAACAAAUUCAACCUCUGCUAUGGAAAAGGCGGGAAGUGAAAUAAAAAAGGAGGUCCUGGUGGAAAAAACAGAUUUGAGGGGUGACAAACGGAAGUGUAAAUCCGAGGGAACUUCGGAGGUUAUAAAAGAAGCUGAUGUCAUUGAAGCUAAAACUGUUGAUAGGCAGACAAAACCGGAAAGCACCCCGUUGAAGACGGAUCCGCAGACAAACUCUUCCAUGCUGUGGGUGGACAAAUACAAGCCGCAGAGCUCCAAGAGCAUCAUCGGCCAGCAUGGACCGGCUAGUAAGACCACAACGGUGACGCUAGUGUGCAAGGAGCUCGGAUUCGACGUCGUGGAGUUCAAUGCCUCAGACACCAGGAACAAGGCGUUGAUAAGGGAGCAGAUCGGCGAGCUACUCACCACCAACUCCCUAUCAGCAUAUGCACGAGGUGACACCAGCAAGCAAGCCGUGACAAAGAAACACGUGCUGGUUAUGGACGAAGUCGACGGUAUGGCCGGCAACGAAGAUAGAGGUGGCCUUCAAGAGCUGAUUGGAUUGAUCAAGUCCACCUCGGUUCCGAUCAUCUGCACGUGCAACGACAGGAACAGCCCCAAGAUGCGCUCGCUGGUCAACUACUGCUACGACCUGCGUUUCAAGAGGCCCACAAUAGAGCAAAUCAGGUCGGCGCUGAUGUCGGUGUGCUUCAAAGAGGGGAUAAAGGCGCCGCGCGCGGACGUGAUGGGCCAGAUCGCGGCCGCCGCCGGCCAGGACGUGCGGCACGCGCUCCACCUGGCGUCCCUGUGGGCGGCCUCCCCCACCCCCACCCCCCCCCCCGCCCCCUCUGCCCCCUCCAACGGCAACCAAACGCGCCAAACCAAGGACGUCAAACUGGGUCCGUGGGAAGCGGUGAGAAAGGUCUUCACGGCGGCCGAGCACGCUUCUAUGUCGAUCAACGAGAAGUCUGACUUGUUCUUCUACGACUACAGCCUGGCACCGCUGUUCGUCCAAGAGAACUAUCUGCAGGCCGUGCCACAUUGUCCCAAGAACAAAGUAUUGGAAAGAUUUAGCAUGGCGGCAGACAGCAUCAGCAUGGGCGAUCUGGUCGAGGCAAGAAUAAGAGGCAGCCAGUCGUGGAAUUUAUUGCCCACUCAGGCGAUGUUCAGCUCGGUGAUCCCGGGCCACGCGAUGGCGGGCCACCUGAGCGGGCAGAUCCAGUUCCCCGGCUGGCUGGGGAAAAACUCGCGCGCGAACAAGAUGCGCCGCCUUGCCCAGGAGAUACACGCGCACACCAGGCUUAGCACAUCGGGCUCCAAGUCAUCCAUAUUCUUGGACUAUUGCACACAUCUGCGCGAUGCCGUCAUCAGUCCGUUGAUAAAAAGCAGGGCAGACGGGGUUGCAGAGUCCCUGCAAGUCCUACAGUCCUACCAUCUUCUCAGAGAAGACUUGGAUUCUCUGAUAGAGCUCUCAUUAUGGCCUGGGCAGAGGAAUCCCAUGGUUUUAGUUGAGUCUAAGGUAAAAGCGGCGAUGACGCGGGCGUACAACAAACGGGCGGCCGCCCUCCCGUACGCGCCCCCGGAAGGAAAACGGACCGCGCGAGACGCCACCAACGAACGUCCAGAAGACAGCGACGCGGAGGAGGACGCAUACGACAUGAUGCCGGAUACCUCG